CGCGACGCAAAAGGAAUCUUUCAGACCAUAGAGAGACACACGUUUCUGGUUUCUAGAGUGGAUACUGACGCUGUUUCAGCCAUCUUGGUUAAGGGCGCCGGGAUGGGUAAGAGACUCUUUCUCCGCUUUAGGAAGAAGAGUUCGUUUCGGGAUUCUGCCUUCUGUACUCUAAUUAACUGACAGGCGGCUAAAGUGAUGGGGAAUACAACAGCGACACCAGUCGUCUUUUUUUUAAGCCUUUCUAAAAAAAUGGCGGCAAUAUAAGGACCUGGCCGAUAGGUCGGUUGUAACCCGGAAGUGCCCUGCUAAAGAGGAGGCUGUGAGACAAUCCGGAAGUGGGAGUAAUGAAGAGGUGCCACUUGGCGGCCAUGGCAGCUGUAGUAUUGGCGACUCAGGGUCAGGGCCUGGCUGAGGGAAGUACCAUGGGUAGCACCGGGUGUAGGGCAGAGACAGCAUCGUGUCGACUUUGCUGUUGAAUCCUCCGACCCAAGUGAGAGACUUGCAGGACAUCUUGCCCGACUCUAGACUCGGAAGGUAGUUUGCUGGGACUGGUGGGCUGGUCCCUUCCCUGGGGGCGUAUCACCUGCGGUGCCACCCCUAGGAACAGGUACAGCGUGCGAAGAAGACACUUGGCUUUACCCCUCUUUCCUACUGCUACCAGGGGCCUUGUCUAGGAGCGGGUCGUCGUGACACUCUCAUUCCGACGAUUGAGGUCUCUUUCAGCACAAUUUCUCCAUCUGUGACCGACCGGAAUCUCAGUGGCUGGCAACCGAGUACCUAAGAUUGCGCGAAGUUUUCUCUGGUGCUAGAGUCAGCAGAAGGAGCUUGCUUCUUAAGAGAGUGGCGUGCUUCGAGAACACCCCGGCUGGUGGCAAGGCUGAAAGAAGUGGGCAAAUUCCCGUUUGCUUGGAAGACCACGCGUUUAAACAGCCUAAGCGCCUUUCGAAACUGCUGGAAUCUUAAAGCCUGGUGGUAGAGGGUGACUACGGGAGGGCAGAAUGGAUGACUUUCUCUCCAUUAGUCUGCUGUCUGUGGCAAUGUUGGUGGGAUGUUACGUGGCCGGAAUCAUUCCUUUGGCUGUUAAUUUCUCAGAGGAGCGGCUGAAGCUGGUGACGGUGCUGGGUGCUGGUCUUCUCUGUGGAACUGCACUGGCGGUCAUCGUCCCGGAAGGAGUGCACGCACUUUAUGAAGAGGUUCUGGAGGGGAAACACCACCAAACCAGUGAAAUGAAGCAGAAUGGGAUUGCCUCAGACAAAGCAGCAGAAAUAUCAUCUGUUCAUGAACAUGAGCACAGCCAUGACCACACACAGCUACAUGCCUACAUCGGUGUGUCCCUUGUAUUGGGCUUCGUUUUCAUGUUGCUAGUGGACCAGAUUGGCAGCUCCCAUGUGCAUUCCAGUGAUGAUCCAGAAACAGCAAGGCCCAGCAGUUCCAAAAUCACCACCACCCUGGGGCUAGUCGUCCAUGCUGCAGGCUCCAGCAGCAUUUGGGCUGGUUUCCUUCCUGAUGCAUGCUGGUCUGGAGCGGAAUCGAAUCAGAAAGCACUUGCUGGUCUUUGCAUUGGCAGCACCAGCCAUGUCCAUGCUGACAUACUUAGGAUUAAGUAAGAGCAGUAAAGAAGCCCUUUCAGAGGUCAAUGCCACUGGAGUGGCCAUGCUUUUCUCUGCUGGGACAUUUCUUUAUGUUGCCACCGUCCAUGUCCUCCCUGAAGUGGGUGGAAUGGGGCACAGCCACAAACCUGAUACCACUGGAGGGAGAGGCCUCAGCCGCCUUGAGGUGGCAGCCCUGGUUCUGGGUUGCCUCAUCCCGCUCAUCCUAUCAAUAGGACACCAGCAUUAACCAUUCAGGUUCCAGCCUCAGUCCACGGCCAUUGCCAUCUGGGAAGAAGAGCAAGUGUGUGACGCUCCUCACUUCCUCAGUGUCUUGUCUCGCCUCGCCCAUCUCCACCCGUGUUCCUAGAGUCCGAGGGAGAUGAGAGUCAAUCGUGGAGAAGUGGAACAGCGUACAGCAGGAACAUCAGAAUUAGACAAAGACUUUGUGUUGUCUUUUAAAGGGACUUUGAUAUAUUGAGUUUUGAUGUUUCUCUUAACCCUAUUCUCAGGGAAGAUGGAAUUUAGUUUUAAAGAAAAGUGGAGAACUUCAUACAGUGAAAUAGUAAUUAUGAAACUGCAGUGUUCUGUAAAGCUAAAGUUUUUCCCCUUAGUUUAGAGGCUCUGCCACUUUACCCAUUGGUUUUUAACAUGGUUCUCACCAUGUAAGACUGGUGCUUUAGCAUCUGUGCCACAUGCCAUGAGAGAAGGUGGGAACACACAUCCCUUAGAUGCUAAAGACGAUGGCAACUAAUUUGAGGUUAGAAUAAGGAAAAUAAGGGCAGGAGACAUAAGCUGAACUGAACCCAAAAAAGAAACAUCCAUCAAAAGGGGUGUUUAGAGUCUUCAACAACUCCUUUGCACGUGCCUCCCUAAACAAAGCCUGCCCUUCCUUCUAAGGGGCUGGCUUUGGAAGAGGGGUCUGUUAUCAUAUAGCAUUUUUUUUUUUAAAGUGUCCUUUGCAGAAUACUUGUCUACAGCACACUCUUAGUAGCCAGAUUCUGUUCAGGCCCAGGGUUUCCAUCAAGAACAGUAUGUUCACAAUGAAAUUAAGGGGUGUUAAUUUUUCUGGGAAUUUGGAUAGUUACUGACAUCUUGUAGUAACCUUUUUAAAAAGUAACACUAUUACAAAGUAUGUUGUCCUUUUCUUCUAAGUCGGUGGUUGGUGGUUCUCAACCCUCUGAAGGCUGCAUUCCUUUAAUACAGUUUCUCAUGUUCUGGUGCCCUCCCAGCCAUGAAAUUAUUUUGUUGCUACUUCAUAACUGUAAUUUUGCUACUGUUAUGAAUCAUAAUGUAAAUGUCUGAUAACAGGAUAUCGAUAUGCCACCCCUUUGGGUGUCGUGACUCACAGGUUGAGAACUGCUGUUCUAAGUAUUUCUUUUAGCAGUCAGCAGUCCCUCUGACUGAGCCCUUGCCCAGGGUGGAGAGCAUUUCUUCCUUCUCCCUAGCUCCUGUGCAGGAGACGGUAGGGCUGUAUCAGAGGGGAGUAUCCGCUGCUGGCUGGUCUCAAUCUCCUUGCAAUCAUGUCUGCAUCCCACUCUUCCCUGCGCUCUCCCUGCCCCCAUUGUGUAGUACUACUGCUCCUGGUGAUGUCAGUCCUGUGUGAGGUGGAUUCUCACUACUUGAACCAUGAUGAUGAAGACAGCACUGUCUAUUCUUCAUUUCCUGUAACUAAGUUACCUUUGUGUCAAGUACAACCUUAUUACACCCUCAAAAAUGUCACCUCCUGGUGGGAGUUGACACAGUCACUAGUACUCUGAUAAUUUAAGCAAUUGAGACAGCAAAAGUAUCCAACAGAGGUAAUUCUUCCAUGUUUGCCAAAAUCUGAAUAAAUCCUAGUCAGAUAAGUGUAUAAUACUGUAUUUAUAUUUUCUGUACCAUUUCAAAAACACUUUACAUAAAGAGGGAGCCAAGACUAGUUUCUUCAGAUCAGUGAGUGCAGUCAUUUGUAUUUUUCUAUGACACCUAUGCCAGCAUGCCUGUAGUUUUCUUUCUUUCUCUCCUAAAUUGUCACUAGGUCAGCCAGCAGUUAUGGGAUUAAACAUGUGUGCCCUCUGCUGGCUGCAGUGAAGAAAGCAGAAAUGGGAUGCAGUUCUGUGUGGAGCUGGUGCCCAUUGCAUCCCAUGCUAAAGUGUUAAUGUGUGCAGUGUGGGGUGUGGGUGACUCUCUUGAUUAGGCACAAACAGGUGACUCGGAAAGGUUUGGGCUCAUCUAGUCCUUCCAAAGUACAGAUGUCUUGAUCUCUCUAGAAGUUCCCUGUGUCUGGUUUGAUUUGGGUAGAUGUAGCUUCUGUCAUCUCGCUCCAUGCAGUGGUCAGAGAUGUUGUCCUGGCCAGAGCCUCUUUCGUUCAGCAGUGCCUUGCCAUCUCACUCUAAGUUUGGCCAGAAUAUCAUGUUGGGUAGGGCCUUGGACUCUGGCAAGGACUGAACCAUCAAACUUCCAAAUCUGCCUUCCCCUCCGGGCCUCAGUCAUAGUGAACUUUCCAAAGCUGGGGCCUUUCCAGGCCUGGAACUAUUUAUUGCCUGUGGACAGUGCAUCCCUUCCCUGCCCAGCAGGCUCAGAUAGCCAUGUGACUCUAAAUAGGGCUCAAAUGCAUUAGAGGCAGCAGGAACCAUGCAGAGGCCUCUGUUAGUGGGGGGAGGUUGCUCAUGUGGCAGGCAGUGCCCCCAGAGCAGCCACCUUGGUCACUUUACAACACAUUUCAGUUCCAUUUUCUUCCUCCUUAAGACUCCCUCUGGAGGUGUGGAUGCCUUAAUGCGCAAACACAUUUGAACACAUUGGUGAUACUUAAGCUGCUGCCACAAUUACAAGUGGAAUUAUGGGCUACCAAAGAAGCAACUGAUGAAAAGCAUGGGCCCUCCUUCCUCAUGACCAAAGCAGUCUUAAUUGGGCUUGGAGUCCCUUUCUCCCAGAAUCUAGAUGGUCUUCAGAUUCGGAGCACCCUCCCCUCCCCAGUUCCCAGUGUUGCCAGUCUCUAAGUCAGCAGGGCAGUGAUGUCCCAUUUGACUCUGCUUUCUGUGUGCACUGUCGCCAGCUUGCAUCCUUACAAGCAGACUUCCCGGCCUGGACAUGUCAGCAGUUGGAACGGUACUACCCACUGAGACAGUGUCCUCUCCCCUGCUUCACCUCAGUCCUCAGAUUCUCAGUUCAGAAGAGCCAGUUCUACUGACCUGGGGGUUGGAUCAUUAGAAGAAAAGGAGGGUCUGUUCUUAUAGAAAGGGAAAUAGAACUGGCUGGUUCUGUUUUCAAGGAUUAGAGAUAGGAGGGACAGAGCAGUGACAGUGUUGUUUGCCCUGCUCCUCAUGCUAGUGAAGUUCUGAACAUGGGACUGUAUGUCAAUAGCACAAGCCUCUAAGACCCUCCUGUCUUUUUUGGGUCAGAGCCCCAGACCAUUGCAUCACAGUCAUUCGGCAAGAGGGUCCUUGCGGCAGACUUCUGUUCAUUGCAGAGUGGGACUCACCCCUGAAGAACACUGGUCGAAAUAUUAUACAACUGCAACCCUUUUCUACUUGAGACAUUGAAGUUCAGCUCAGGAGACCUGAAGAUGGGGACUGGUGGGAAAGGACCAGCAGACAUGUAGGACUUCUUUACAUGUGUUCAGUCCCCCACAGUAGCUAAGCACAGAGACUGGCUUUGCUCUCUGUCUCGUGUGUCUUCCUGUAAACUGGGACUCUAAUGGGAUGGUAACACCACGAUUCCCCUGGUUUGGUGGCCUAAACAGUGAUUUUUUUAAAAUGUCCCCUUUUCUGGAUCCUUUGUACACAUAAACUCAUUCCAUGGAUGGCUGCCUUAUAAUUUUGUGUCUUUCCACUUUAAUUGUGAAUGGUUUAAAAUCGCUGUUUUCUGAUUUGUUUUAUGAUAUUAAAUUUUUAUUAGCGCAUAC